CUUCCCUUCUAUUAUUUCUCUUACUCUCCCCAUCUUGACCUUUUAAGCUCUCUAUCUCUCUUUCUCUCUCAAAUUCUAGGGUUUUAAAUUUUUUCUGAUAUCCAAAUUUUCAAGUUUUAAUUUCUUUAAAUCUUCUAGGGUUUCUUUGCGAUGGAAUCCCCUAGAUCGGCCUAUUGGUGCUACAGAUGCAACGGGUUUGUCCGGAUCCGGGUCCGAUCAUCCCAAUAUUCGAUCCACUGCCCCGACUGCGGUGGCGGAUUCAUUGAAGAAAUCGACACGCCAUCUCGAUCUCCCAUCCACCACCGUUUUUCUGUCGCCUCCAUGUACUCCGACACACCAAGCCCAGCUCUCAGCCCCAGCCCCACCGCCACUCCUCGUUUUCGCCGAGCUCGACGAAACGCUGGCGAUCGGUCCCCUUUCAAUCCCGUCGUCGUCCUCCGCGGUCCGACCUCCGAAACCGACGCGGUAGUUCCCGAAAGAGGGAACAGCAAUUUCGAGCUUUAUUACGAUGAUGGGUCCGGGUCGGGACUUCGUCCCUUACCUGCUAGUAUGUCGGAGUUUUUAAUGGGUUCGGGUUUUGAUCGGCUUCUUGAUCAGUUAUCUCAAUUAGAAGUAAAUGGAGUUGGCCGUUUCGAGCAACCGCCGGCUUCAAAAGCGGCGAUUGAAUCAAUGCCGGUGAUAAAGAUCGUUGGAAGCCACUUAAGCACGGAAUCUCACUGUGCAGUUUGUAAAGAGCCUUUCGAGCUCGAUUCUGAAGCACGGGAAAUGCCUUGUGAGCAUAUUUACCAUUCGGAUUGUAUUUUACCUUGGCUUUCGAUUCGAAACUCUUGUCCAGUUUGCCGCCAUGAAAUGCCAACGGAAAAUAACGGAAAUACCUUAGGGGAAAACGAGUCUGUUAGAGACGGAGAAGCUGUGGGAUUAACCAUAUGGAGGUUACCAGGAGGUGGGUUUGCAGUGGGGAGGUUUACAGGAGGGAGGAGAGCAACGGAGAGGGAGUUUCCGGUUGUGUUCACGGAGAUGGAUGGUGGGUUUAAUAACGCGGGUGCUCCUAGAAGGAUUUCAUGGGUGCCUAGUGGGAGAAGGUCACAAGAGAGUAGAGGAUUAGGGCGGGUUUUUCGGAGUUUUGUUUCGUUUUUUGGAAGGUUUAGGAGUUCAUCUCGUUCAGGUUCAGAUUCUGGGUUUACGAGGAGAAGUAGAUCAAGUUCAGUGUUUGGUAGGUCGUCUAGGAGGGAUAUCGACUGGGAUUUCGAGGAUUGAAUGAUGGGUGAACUUUUUUUGUUCAUUUAGGUUAGCCUUUUUUUUUUUUUUUAAUCUGAUACUAAAAUGUUGCACUUUUCCUCAAGGAAGGAAAUAUCUGUAGAUUGUAUGAUUUUACUUUGAUGUAAAUAACAACACUUCGGUGAAGGAAUGAAGAAUUUUUCGAGUUUAGCUUCUGUCCAAAGAGAAAGAGGCUUUGAUGAGCUGAUAUGUGCACCAAUGAGGCAGAAGUGGAAGAAGGAGAAAGUAUUGUGAUUAGUAUAAUCCUUUAGUGGUGGUGCUGAGAGAUUAUCUUGGAGAAAGGCAACCAAAAGCUGCAAUCAGGAACUUCAGCAUUGUAUAAAAUUUUAGAAAGCAGACAUACUAAAUUUCAAAAUAGAACAUGAAGGUAGUAUAGAGGUUUUGGGGACUGAAGAGCCAAUUUGGGUUUUUACCCAUUGCAGAGAUGAUAGAUCUCUUGAGGAGCAUCUGUUGGAUGGCGAACAAGGCUCACCUACUGGUGGAACGCCAAACAUAUGAGUGGAAGCAAAUCAUUUCAAGCGUUUGAUUCGUACAGCAUUGUUCAUUUUUUUCUCACAGGAAAAUGCCAAGUAGUUCAGUAAUAUGCCUGAUUGCUCUUGAUUCUGGUUUCUGGAUUUCUUGCCUGGUAGAAGGUGGUAAAAUUGGACAUCACAUAUGAAUAAAUCUUUGGUCGGGACCAUCCCUAUUCAGGAAACCACAAGAAUCUUGAGUCCUGACAUGGCCUUAUCCAGUAGUAGCAACCAAAUCCAUAGACACAUGCUGUAUGCAACAACCUGGUACAGAACCUGCUAUGUGUCACUUCUAACAUCCACAAUCUAAAACCUCGUACUUAUUUUUCCAGUCGAUAUAAGAACACCGUAUAAUAUCUGCUCCCACUUCUCCCCUUACUUCCCAAGUUACUGUAGCAAUUGAAUCUGUCAGCGACGGCAUCUGUUGCAUCUUUGCGGACUUUAUAUGCAGAAUGUCUGAAACAGUCGCCAGUGUUAGGUAGCCAAUCUCUUUCUCUUCCCCUUAUGUUGUGGCAGCAUUACCCCAGAGGUCAACAGUUUUGCCCUGGACCAAGACCCAGAAGAACCAAAAGA